AUGGUUUCCUUGGAGCCUUGCCCUUAUGGCGCUCCCGUCCCUGGCCCUGCGGCCAAGAUUCCAGCUCUUGUUCCUGGUGCUGUCGCUACUGCUCCUGUUCCGCCCCCUGCGCCUCCCCCAGCGUUUGCUCCCGGGGGAUUUUCUCACAAGGUCCGUUCGGACGCUGAUGUGCAGGCCUUCGUGGCCGGUCAAAUUGAUAAUGGUAAGCUGUCCUUGCCCGAUUGA